UUCAGCUCACCGCUAUUGAAAGCUCCAGUCGGUUGUGGAAGUUGAAAGUAUUCGUUUGUGGAUCCGUCUGGUUUGGCUGUGAUGACGCCUAUAUGCGUAGAUUUGCGAAUAUGUGACAACGUAUUCUACUAGUUACAAUAUAAUAACAUACAUGCCAAAAAGAACUUAUAUUUAAAAAUAAUUCGUGUGCUUACCGUACAACUUUUCUGUCGGUAAAAUGACUGAGUCGGGCAUUGAUCUAGGCUUUGAUAUGGAGUUCGACGAGUUAAGUCUUAAUUUGCUAAACGACAACGAUAAUAUGGAUCUACUGCCAAAUGUUACUGUAGCAGGUAGCUCUGAGAACGUGGAAUUUUAUGAAUUAAAGUCAUCAACGAGGUCUUUGCGAUCUGACGAAAUACCAACGUUUAAAACUGCUACUCCUACCUCGAGGACGCAACUUAAACUUCAGUUGCAACGUGAGCAACAGCAGCAGGAACAGCAGCAACAAAUGAUGGUGCAACAACAAAUACUAAUAUCGCCAGAUCCAAAAAUGCAGCUGUUGUUUGGCAUGGGUCAGGGGUCGACUGAGUCGGAAUUUAUAAACAGCAACAGUACUAGCGCUUGUGGGAGCGGAUCUUCUAGUUUGGAACAGAUGUCUCAAUGUGUGCAAAGGGAUCGUUUGCCUUCAGUAAGCCCAGUUAAGUUAAAAGUUCCUUUACAGAGUAUUGGUGUGGAUGUACCACCUCAAGUGCUGCAGGUCAGCACAGUGCUUGAGAAUCCGACACGGUAUCAUGUUAUACAGAAGCAGAAAAAUCAAGUUAGACAAUUUCUCAGUGAAUCUUUCAAGCCAUCGGUAUGGGGUUGUCAUAACAGCGAUACGAAAGCCGCAAACACCUCAGUAUCCACUGGAAAUUUACAUAAUUCCUCUUUAGCCAACAGCUGCCUUCCUAUGGAGCGGUCAAAUAGUUAUAAAUGUGAAAUGACUUCCAGUGGCAAACGAACAAUGCAUUCCGAUGAAUCCAUGCCAAUAUCUCCUUUUGGCUCCAGUUUUUUAAGAAAUGGAAACUGCAACACUAAUGAACAAAUUUCAUCGGGAAGUAUAAACCCCAAAAGUUCAGAAGAAUCCACAGAAAUUGUAAAUAAAACACUAGGAUAUGUUAAGAGGAAUACCAGUUUAAAUUCUUCUGUUACUGCACGUGCUACAUCUGGAAUACUUAAUACGAUGCCCUCUUCUAGUACAACGAGUUCAUUACACUCCACUUCAGCACCCAUAUCGCCAAGUCUAAGCUCUGUUGCUACAAGUGCUUCAGAGCUCCCAUCAUUCGACAGCGAUGCGGAAGAUCUCUUUGACGAUAUAUUACAAAACGAUUCGUUUAAUUUUGAUAAGAACUUCAACUCCGAGCUUUAUAUUAAACAGGAACCACACAACUUAACUGAUGCUGAAAUAAAUGCUAUGGCAAAAGAUCGACAAAAAAAGGAUAACCACAAUAUGAUUGAGCGUAGACGUCGAUUCAAUAUUAAUGACAGGAUCAAAGAGUUGGGUACCCUUUUGCCAAAAGGCAGUGAAGCUUUUUAUGAAGUCGUCCGUGAUAUUCGCCCCAACAAAGGAACAAUAUUAAAAUCCUCUGUGGAUUAUAUAAAAUGCUUAAAACAUGAGGUUAUUCGCCUCAGACAAAAUGAGUGUCGGCAACGGCAGAUGGAAGUGCAGAACCGAAAGCUUAUCUCUCGCGUUAGGGAGCUGGAAAUGCAGGCCAAAUCACAAGUUCUAUCGGACUAUAACGUAACAUCAGUAUCGGCGCCCACCCCAGCAAACUUAUAUCUCAAAAGUUCAAGCCCAACGCCCCCUGUUUCCCAAAGUCGCCGCUCACUUUUGGACGAAUUAAUAGUUGUUGAGAGAAAAGUACCAGAAAUAAAUACGAGCGACGCCAGUAUGGGGAUGAAUCAGAUUGAUGAGCUCAUGGAAGAUUGCAAACACCCUGUGCAGGGGGGCGAUCCGAUGCUGUCUUCUCAUAGCCACAUGCUGUCUGCUUCACAUUCGCCUACUGCUAAUCAGUUAAAUUGUGUCAGUUAUGGACCAAAGAGAGGCUCGGAAGCUAAUUCUGAUCUUUUUAACGAAACUUCUAGCGUCAACAUUUUAGAUGAUCUUACCCAUUGCAAUAUCGCUUGCAGUAAUUCAUGCUGUAUUCAUCGCCAGCUGAAAACACCUGAACGCCACACAAAUCAUUGUCAGUUAAAUAGUCAGCCAAGCCACAUGGAGUCUGAUUCGGUUCAAAAUACAGGGUUUGGUAGGCUUGUACAUUGCAAUGGUGAUCACGAUCCACUGUUUUCGUCAUCCCAACGUUCACAUGGCCCUUUGGACGACGAUCAACACAAUUCUGUUGACUUGUCUGCUGCGAUGAUAAACGAUUCGCUUACUUCCUUAGUAGACGAUAGCCAAAGUGAGCCCAUGCUUCUUACAUCGGAUACUUUGGAUAUUGACUUAUGAAUCAUCAACUUUUGCAAUACAUCAGCAGUCCAUACUACAUACAUACAUAAAUAAGUAUUACGCAGUGGGCGAUGGAAAAAUCGCACUCACACUAUAUAAGUAUGUUGUAUAUACACAUGACAUAUUGAUUAUCCACAGUAUUGAAAAACUUUAAAAAUGUGUGCUCAAUGAAUGGGUACAUUUAAAUUUGAAUUUCGAUGAUUUUAUUUUUGUCUUUUUACACAAAAAAUGUAUUCGAAAAUAAAUCGAAUGUCAAUAUGUCCAAAUAUGUUAUUAAACAUUUAAAUUUCUGUGGAUUAAUCAAUAAUGUUUAGCCAUAUGCAUGUUUUUAACAAUUAUUCGAGUUUCUACCAAUUUGCAGAACAAUGUCAAAAUCCUUCCUAUGUAUUUACUGAGAUCUUAUAUCUAUAAAAUAUGCAUGUAAAUAUACACUAAUUCACCAUGAUACAUUCCAAUUUUUUUAAGCAAUUGUACUUUUUAAUCGAUUACUAUAUAGAAUUAUUUCGUAUCUAAUAUGUUCAGAAGAAAUCGUUUUCUUUUUAAUUUGUAAAUGAUAACUUUUUGAUGAGCAGUAGAAGAAAUCAAAGUCCUUGUGUUAUUGUUAUACGAAUCAUUAUUUUAUAUAUUUUAUAAAAAUACUGAGUACAAUAUAUGUACAAAAAAAUUUGUUAUAUUAGUAUUUGACGCUGUAUUUUUCUUGUUUAAUUGUUACACUUGUUGACUUAAAUAAUUGGUUAAAAUGAAA